UCAACCAUUUUGAAGUCUGUAUCAUUCUCGGUUGUUGUCAUUUUCGUUUCGGUUUCUGAAUUAUUUUCAAUUUAUUCUCAGAAAUAAUGGGACUAGUCACAGCUAUUGAAAAUGAAGCCCAUUUUCAAUCGGAAAUGGCUAAUGCCGGGACAAAACUAGUUGUCGUGGAUUUUACAGCGUCUUGGUGUGCACCAUGCCAGCGGAUUGCGCCCUUCUUCGAGCAGCUCCCAGCGAAGUUUCCAAGAGCCGUGUUCCUAAAAGUUGAUGUAGACAGAUGUGCGGAAACCGCUAGUGCUCAAGGCGUCAGUGCGAUGCCUACGUUCGUGUUCUAUAGAAACAGAACAAAGAUUGACCGGCUACAAGGUGCUGACCCCGGGACUUUAGAAAAUAAAGUUAGGCAAUAUUAUGGAACGGAGACUGAUGGUGAAGAAGACAAUGCGGUUGCCGGUCAUAUGGACCUUGGAACAUUUAUAACCAAGAGCGAGUGUGAGUGCUUGAACGAAGCGGACGACCAUCCGCUAGCGCAUGCCCUCACCAGCGGAGGUGGCUACUUGGCCAGUGACUGUGAUGAGCAGCUAAUAAUCAACAUUUCUUUUAAUCAGUUGGUGAAACUUCACUCUCUAAAGAUCAAAGGCCCAGCAGACAAGGGGCCCAAGACUGUAAAACUUUUCAUCAACCAGCCCAGGACACUGGACUUCGACCAGGCUUCUGGAAAUUCAUCUGUGCAAGAUUUGGAGUUUACUCCAAGCGACUUGGAAGGAAACCCAGUGCCUCUCAAGUUUGUGAAGUUCCAGAACGUCCAGAACAUUCAACUGUUUAUCAAGGAUAACCAGUCUGGAGGAGAUGUGUCACAAAUAGACCAUCUCGCAUUCUACGGCUCACCAAUCUCAACCACAAAUAUGGGAGAGUUCAAACGCGUGGCGGGCAAGAAAGGAGAGAGCCACUAGCUCAACUAAGUGUUAACAUAGAUAGUUCAGUCACUCUUACUUGAAUGUCCCUGCAGUGUCUAUGAAAUCGUGCUUGCUCGUCAAAUGAAUAAUCAUGUCAAUGUAAUGCAUACCCCAUUCCCUUUAGUGUAAUAGUCGUCAAACCUGUGACUGAACUGUUUAUAUUGCAUUUUCUUUUUAUAAGUGAUGUAAAUUGAAUUUGAAUCAUUUUCCAAACUGUGUCAAUGCAUAGUAAAUUUUAUAUUGUAAUUUUAUCUAAUAUAUUUCUCAUAUUUAUAAAAUAUGAUAUGAUAUUGUCAUAAUUAUUAGUUCGUUAUAAGUGUAAAGGUCCAUUCCAAAGGCCACAGUUUGUUAAAUGAAAUUCAGUAAUAUCUGUAAUUUGUAUAUUCAAUAAAUAAAAAUGGUAAUAGCGACA